AUAGCUGUCAGCAGAAGCGCGACUUGCAAGAGGGAAAGUGUCGCGUCUGGGAAACCUCCUCGGUGUUUGCUCGAGGGAAUAAGGGUGCGAAGCCACAACGGAGAAAUGCCUUACAUACUGAUCAGCACGCAGAUCAGACUGGAAAACGGCCCAACCAAUGUAGGAGAUGAGUAUUCUGAUCCAGCUGUCAUGAAUUACCUGGGAGCAAGAAAAACAACCGUGCUCGGAAAUCAUUUUUCAGAGUACCGUGUGGACGAGCCUCCUCGACUGGUGUUGGACAAGUUGGAGAAGAUAGGUUACCGCCUGCUGACGAUGACAGGGGUGGGACAGACGCUUGUGUGGUGCCUUCACAAAGAGAUAAAGGAGAUAGAGUGAGAAGAAGACAGGUGGACAUGGAAGCAUACUAAGACGUUUACUUUAUACUGUGGGAUAUUCGUUUUUUUUUUUUUUUUUUUUUUUUAAUGUGCAAUAUUCAGUGUUGCCAAAUGAUUUAUCCAGCCAUCUACUGUAGCAAUUGUCUUCAUUUAGGGUCAAGAGUGAGCUGAAGCCAAGCUGACUUUCAAAGGCUAACCUAUUCAGAGAAACUAAAUAUGAUUGUACAUAUGAUUUCUUUGUUUCAUUUACCAAUUUAAAGUUUUACAUUUUGGGAGUGUCAGUUAGAUUGAAUGUCUGUGAAUCUUUGAAUGCAAGCAUCCAAUUAAACACUGUGACUGAUGAAUUUGCAUAGACAAUAACUGUCAUUUCCCCCCAGAAAUCUCAAAUGUUGAUGAUUAAAAACUUAAAUGUGUGUGUUGAUUUUGUAUUUGUUCCAUGAGCAACGAU